GUUCAUCCCUAAACAAAAAGAGAUGGUGUGAAGAAUCAAAAGCAUUUAGCUAAUUUUUUAGAGCUCCUAAAUUCCUCAGCCACAAACCAACGGAGCUUCACAGCCACACAAAUGGCCUCCUCUCUUUUCCGCCUUGUUGUCUCCACCAUCUUUCUUGAUUUUGAUUUCCCUGAAUCCUCAACCCUUAUCCCCUCACCCACCCUUCUCUUUCCUUCUUCAAUCCUCCACCUUUUACUUCUCUUUCUCUAUCCCCUUCUUUCUCCAUUCUUAUUCUCUAAUACCCACUUUUCCUCUUCUUCUUCCCUUCCAUCUCUCCGGCGCCACUGUUCUACUGGCGGUUUAAUUUCAUGGGUUCUUCUUGAUCUUGGAGUAGGAAACAGGGAAGUGGAGUUUCGGCGAAUCUAUUCAAAAUCUUAGUGGUUGUUCAGAGGGAGAAGAUGAAAAUUCAGUGUGAUGUUUGUGAGAAAGCUCCUGCUACUGUGAUUUGUUGUGCGGAUGAAGCUGCGCUUUGUGCGAAAUGUGAUGUUGAAGUUCAUGCUGCCAAUAAGCUUGCGAGUAAACACCAGAGGCUUCUUCUUCAGUGUCUUUCCACCAAGCUACCUAAAUGCGAUAUAUGCCAAGACAAGGCAGCUUUCAUUUUCUGUGUUGAAGACAGAGCACUCUUUUGUCAAGAUUGUGAUGAACCAAUUCACUCAAGUGGUAGUCUUUCAGCAAACCACCAGAGGUUCCUAGCCACUGGAAUCAGAGUGGCCAUGAGCUCAAGCUGCACGAAGGACGUUGACAAGGUCAAGAUGGAACCUCCAAAUCCAAAGAACCCUCAGGUUCCUGCUAAAGUGCCUUCACAACAAGUUCCUAACUUCACGUCCUCAUGGGCUGUUGAUGACUUUCUCCACUUCUCUGAUCUUGAGUCCUCCGAUAAGAAGGAACAACUAGAGUUUGGGGAAUUAGAAUGGCUAGCAGAAAUGGGCCUCUUUGGCGAGCAAGUUCCUCAAGAAGCUUUAGCAGCUGCUGAAGUUCCUGAGCUUCCUACAUCACACUCAGGUAAUGCAAUUGCCUGCAGACCAACGAAGUCAAGCACAUCAUACAAAAAGCCUAGGAUUGAGAUGGUCGACGACGAAGAGUUUUUUACGGUUCCUGAUCUUGGAUGAACAGAAGAGAGAGGCGUUGAUGUUGAGUUGGUAUGCUUAAUGAAUAAUAAUACAGUUUUAUAACCUUACAAAAUGUGUAUGUAUGUAGUGUUUUCAACAUCUAUGGUUUGAUAGUAUGCAGUAUAUUAGUCUUCUUUUAUCUUAUGCCUAGAAUAUAUUCGUUCACUCCUCCUGGUUACUUUUGCUUUUGUAUCUUAUUAACCUUAUUGUAACUUUUGAAUCUUAUAUGAAAGAUUAUUUUAAAGAA